CGCGCGGCGUCUGGGCGGCGCAGGCGCGGCACCCCAGGCGCCAUGGCCGACGGCGGCGGCAGGUCGGCCGAGGCGCGCAGCCCGCGGGGCUCCCCGGCGCGGGCGCCCGGGUCCCCGCGAGCGGCCGGGCCCGGCGUCGGCACCGCAGAGACGCCGCGGGCCGCCGCGCUGGCGCUGCGCUUCGACAAGCCCAUCAAGCAGGCGUUCUACAACACGGGCGCCGUGCUGUUCGUGUGCCUGUGCUGCGGCGCGGCCGUGCUGGUCUACUUCAUCCUGGAGGCCUUCCUGCGGCCGCUGCUGUGGGCCGUGCUGUGCGGCACCUUCCUGCACCCCUUCAAGAGCUCGCUGACGCGCCUGGGCCGCGGCUGGCUGGCGCGUCUCCACCGCGCGCGCUCGCCCGUCGUGCUGGCCGCCCUGCUGCUGCCUCUGAGCUGCGCCGACCGCGCGCUGGAGGCGCUGGGGGAGCGCGUACUGCGCCUGCGCCGCCACCGCGGGCUCCUGCUAUUGGGGGCGGGCGUCCCCGUGCUGUACGCGCUCGGCCGGCUGGGGGCGGGGCUCGGCGCGCACGUGCUGCUGGGCCGCGUGGCCGCGCUGCUGGGCCGGGGGCUCGACUGCUUCAGCAGCCUCUGGAUCUGGACGUUGGUAGUUGGCUAUGUGUUGGCCGUUUCGUUCAAGUGGAACACGAGCACCGAACGCUACCUGAGAGCAAUCUCAAUUCCUGUCUGGAUUAUCUUGCUUUUCCACCUAGCUUCCCUGGCUGGCUCAUGGAGAAUUCCAGUAUUCCUGGUUAUUGUUUUCCUGAUAUCUGUGGGCACUCUCUAUGAAAAGCAGAAUGAAAAAGAGUCUUCUGGGGCGGAGUUGCCGGGGCAAGUGAUCUCCAUGGCCGCAUCCACCCUGGCAACCUUGGCCAUCUCCAUCACGGGCUACGAGUCCGGUGCCGACGACCAGCCCACGCCGCGGCCCGCAGAGUCUGCGGACGGGAGAGGAGCCCCGCCGGAGUCGUCCUCGACGCCUUCGCCCUCCACCCCUUCGCCCACUCUGGGCAGAGCACGGCCCGAGAUGGCGGCCUUUCUCCGGAAGAAGAGGACGAGCGAUGUGUAUUUUGUGUUUCUCGUCUGGGCCAUCGUGGGAGUCCAGCUGUGGCUGAACCUGUGGAUCGUGCAGCUGCUGCCGGUGCCCAUUGCAGUGUGGGUGCUCAAAAAGGUCGUCAUUCACUUUGGAGUCGUGCACUUCCUGGAGAGACGCUGCCGUCAGUGGUGGAGAGUCGUGGAGAGCUUCCUGAGGGAGCGGCAGGAGGCCCUGGCACCAUGGCCCAUCAUUGGACUUGGGAAAUUCUUGCUGAAGGUUGACAGCAAGCUCUGGCAAUGGCUAAACAAGAAGAUGAUCAUCUGGUUGGAGAAGAUGUUAGACAAAAUAAUCAGCAUUUUCAUCAUAUUUUUGCUAGUGAUAGGAACCCUUCUUUUAGCCCUGCUCCUUACUGCAAAGGUACAUCAAGAAAGUGUGCACAUGAUUGAAGUCACAAGCAGCCUGAUUAAUGAAACUCUAGCAAACCACCCGGAGUGGGCAAAUUGGCUUCCAGAGGCGCAGGUAGUCCAAAGAGCGCUCAAUUCUGCAGCUAACAAUGUGUAUCAGUACGGACGAGAAUGGAUAACUCACAAGCUUCAUAAGCUUCUUGGAGAUAAGGUGAACAACACUGCAGUGAUUGAGAAGCAAGUCCUAGAGCUUUGGGACAGACUGUAUCACUCCUGGUUCGUGAAGAAUGUGACUCACUCUGGGAGGAACAAAGGACAAAAGAUGCACAUCAGCCGCCAGAACAGCUGGCUGGGGGACAUUCUGGACUGGCAGGACGUUGCCUCCUUUGUUCACGAGAACAUCGAGACAUUCCUUUCAAUUCUGGAGUCUCUGUGGAUCGUCAUGAGCCGCAAUGUGAGCCUGCUUUUCACCACAGUCACCACGCUCCUGACCAUUGUCUUCUACAGCGGGACCGCCCUCCUCAACUUUGUGCUGUCCCUGAUAAUUUUCCUGACCACGCUGUUUUACCUGCUAAGCUCCAGCGAUGAGUACUACAAGCCAGUGAAGUGGCUGAUAAGCCUGACCCCACUGUCUCAGCCGGGCCCUUCCUCCGCGAUCAUUGGCCAGUCUGUGGAGGAAGCUAUCAGAGGGGUGUUCGAUGCUUCCCUCAAAAUGGCCGGCUUCUACGGGCUGUACACCUGGCUGACGCACACCGUGUUUGGCAUCAACAUCGUCUUCAUCCCUUCAGCAUUAGCGGCCAUCCUCGGAGCUGUGCCCUUCCUGGGGACAUACUGGGCUGCUGUCCCCGCGGCACUGGACCUGUGGCUCACACAAGGCUUGGGGUGCAGAGCUGUUCUCCUGCUGGUGUUUCACCUCCUGCCAACAUACUUUGUGGAUACUGCCAUCUAUUCCGACAUCUCGGGCGGCGGCCAUCCCUACCUGACAGGCCUGGCGGUGGCCGGCGGAGCUUACUACCUCGGCCUGGAGGGGGCGAUCAUCGGACCCAUCCUCCUGUGCACGCUGGUCGUGGCAUCCAAUAUCUACAGCGCCAUGCUCGUGAGCCCCACGAACCCGGCGCCCACACCAGGCCACUCCCCGUGGCCUGCUCAGACCCCGCGGACCUUCCGUGACGUUUCUGAAGACAUGAAGUCUUCGACCGAUUGAUGUGAUUCUCGCAGUGACCUCAGUCCCGCUGUGGCCUUCUGUCCCUUGAGCCCGUGAGAGAAACAGAAGCUUCCUGGCCUUCCAGACAGACCGCCUAGAUAGGAGAGGACUUGCUCUGGGCUGUUUUGCAUUUUUAAGCUCGGAAGUGUGGCUUUGCUCACUUAACUGUUGCUGCUGAAACGGCUUGAGGCCUUUCCGUCUGUACACUGGUACAUGGCCUGAAACUUUCCCACUUGGGUUAUCUGCAGUGUUAGAACAUUCAGCCUGUUGAGAACUCUGAACUACCUUCUGUUAAAAGUACAGACUGAUUCUUCUCUUG